GUUCGGUUUGUGGUUGAUAUGAAUCCUGCACUGUAAAUAUCAAGGCAACCUUAACUUCCCAACAUAUUGCUGCGAUCAUUUUCCAAAUGGAAGCGUUUAGCUCGAUUCAAUCCUCCUCUGCUUCCACGUCUCUUCUCAAUUUUCAGGGGCCUCAGUUGGCUAAAAGAAAGUUUUGUAAGAAUUCUCCACACACUAUUUUGGCAUCACCUACGCUACCUAAACCAUUUCUUCAGAUUUAUGGUAGACCUCAGACAUUAAUUUAUACGUCAACGAGAAUUACUUCUGGAGCACACAGAGCAGCAAUAUCGGCUGAAGCUGGACGACAAAAUUGGGAUUUUGGAAGAUUUGUAAAAACACUAUACUUCUUCAAUAGGUUUCCAUCUCCUGCUAAGUUCUUUGACUUUCUAGUUGAGAAACUUUCUGGUCCUUCCCCGAGUGAAAUGGUUAACACAAUUAGAACUUCUGAUAUUGUCCUGGUAGCUGGAGCUACUGGUGGCGUUGGUCGAAGAGUAGUUGACAUACUGCGGAAGAAAGGAAUUCCCGUCCGAGUAUUGGUUAGAAAUGAAGAGAAGGCAAGAAGAAUGUUAGGCUCAGAUGUUGAUUUGGUUAUUGGAGACAUUACAAAAGAUAGCACUUUGAUCCCUGAAUACUUUAAAGGCGUGAAGAAAGUGAUUAAUGCUGCUUCUGUUAUAGUUGGCCCUAAGGAAGGAGACACUCCAGACAGAGCAAAAUACAGCCAAGGAGUUAAGUUCUUUGAGCCAGAGAUAAAAGGUGAUUCACCAGAAAAGGUAGAGUACAUAGGAAUGAGAAAUUUGAUCAAGGCUGUGAAGGACAAUCUUGGACUUCGAAGAGGAAGGCUAUUAUUUGGAUUUGAAGGCAAUAAUUACAGGCAACUUCCUUGGGGUGCUUUAGAUGAUGUGGUAAUGGGCGGAGUUAGUGAGAGUACUUUUCAAAUUGACCCGAGUGGGGGUGAAAAUGGUGGGCCAACUGGGGUUUUUAAAGGCGUUGUUUCAACGGCAAACAAUGGUGGCUUUACAAGCAUUAGAACUAAGAAUUUCUCAGAACCUGAAAAUCUUUCUGCAUAUGAUGGUUUGGAGUUCCGCCUAAAAGGUGAUGGCCGUAGAUAUAAAAUCAUUGUUCGCAUAAGCAGUGAUUGGGACACUCUUGGUUACACUUCAGGCUUUGACACUGAAAAAGGAAAAUGGCAAUCGAUUCAAGUGCCAUUUUCUUCCUUGAGGCCUGUAUUUCGAGCAAGAACUGUGUCUGAUGCUCCACCAUUUGAUCCAAGCAAUGUUAUAUCGUUACAGCUCAUGUUCAGCAAGUUUGAGUAUGACGGUAAAUUAAAUGAAACUUUUGUGGAAGGUCCAUUUGAGCUUCCAGUGUCUAGCAUAAGGGCAUAUAUAAAGGAUCCAAUAACACCCAGGUUUGUACAUGUGAGCUCAGCAGGAGUUACAAGGCCUGAAAGGCCUGGGCUUGAUCUAAGUAAACAGCCUCCUGCCGUUCGAUUAAACAAGGAACUGGGUUUUAUUCUCACAUUUAAACUAAAGGGCGAAGAUUUGGUCAGGGAAAGUGGCAUUCCUUAUCUAAUCGUGAGGCCUUGUGCAUUAACUGAGGAGCCUGCCGGUGCCGAUCUUAUUUUUGAUCAAGGAGAUAAUAUUACGGGUAAAAUAUCAAGGGAAGAGGUUGCUCGUAUGUGUGUAGCUGCACUUGAUAGCCCUUAUGCGUGUGACAAAACAUUUGAGGUCAAAAGUGUCAUUCCAUUUAGUGAGCCAUUCACUGUGGAUCCAGCAAACCCUCCCCCAGAAAAGGACUAUGACAUAUAUUUUAAAAAUCUAAAAGAAGGCAUUACAGGGAAGGAAGCUCUCCAACAAGAUCCUGUAUCUGUUUAGUGUUGGAGCAUUGUACAGUUCAGCUAUGAACAUUGCAGAUGCCAGAAUACGUUGAGAGCUAUACAGUCUUUUGAUCUAUAGCGAUCUAAACUUGACAAAUUUGUUUACCUUCUAAACCAAGUUACAUAUGACCUUUACUAUACAAGAUGCAUGAAUAAUGACCUUUUUCCUCUUUUGUUCCAGCAAUUAGGAAAUCAAAAUUUUUAAACUGUAA